CUUCAGUUUGAGAGACAACGGUCAAGCGAUCGUAACCGAAAACGGCGUUUUAAAAAAUAAAACUUAAAAUUGUGUGUUAAAAACGAAGCUUGUAAACAAUAAAUUCAAAACAAUUUAAAAAACCAAAAUGUGGGUGGAAUUUGUGAUUCUGUUGUCGGUGGUUCUAUAUCUGCUGUAUCGCUGGUCGACCGCCAAUUAUGAUUUCUUUAAAAAACGCGGUAUACCCUAUGCCAAACCGGUUCCGUUGUUUGGCAAUUUCAUGGAAAUGGUGUUGCGUCGCAAAUCCAUGUUCAAUAUUUUCAUAGAGAUCUAUAAUCAAUACGAUGGAAAAAUCUAUGGCAUUUUCGAUCAACGCCAGCCCAUGUUCCUGGUGCGUGACCCCGAUUUGGUCAAGCAAAUUGCCAUCAAAGAUUUCGAUCAUUUCGUAAAUCAUCGUUCGAUUUUCGGCGAUGAGGAUGGUAAAAAUUUGUUUGCUGCUUCACUUUUCAUGAUGAAAGAUUCGAAAUGGAAAGAUAUGCGCAGCACAUUGAGUCCUGCUUUUACCGGCAGUAAAAUGCGUUCCAUGUUCCAGCUGAUGAACGAAGUGGCGCAGCAUACGUUGGCACAUGUUAAGAAACAAUCGAGCGUUUUCACCGCCGAAGGUUUGGAAUUGGAGGUGAAAGAUUUCAUAACCCGCUUUACCAAUGAUAUUAUUGCCUCGACUGCAUUUGGCCUGCAAGUGGAUUCGUAUAAGGAAAUGGAUAAUGAAUUCUAUAAGAUGGGCAAAAAAGUUACCACCUUUACAUUUUUGCAGAAUUUGAAAUUCCUGAUGUAUGCCAAUUUCAAGAAGAUUAUGAAGCUCCUGGAUAUGGAAUUAUUUGACAAAAAGGACACCGAUUACUUUAUGCGUUUGGUGUUGGAUGCCAUGAAAUAUCGCCAGGAACAUAACAUUGUACGUCCCGAUAUGAUUAAUAUGUUGAUGGAGUCACGUGGCAUGUUAAAGGGCCAGGACAAAGCUUCAAAUCGUGAAUGGAGUGAUGUCGAUAUUGUGGGCCAAUGUUUCCUAUUCUUCUUUGCCGGCUUUGAAACCUCGGCCGCCCUCACCUGUCUCACCUCACAUGAGUUAAUGGAAAAUCCCGAGGUACAGGAAAAACUCUAUGAAGAAAUUCAGGAGGUUGAAGAACAACUGGAGGGUAAACAACUAAGCUAUGAGGCUUUAAUGGGUAUGCGUUACAUGGACAUGGUGGUGCAGGAGUGUUUGCGCAAAUGGCCCGGUGCCAUUGCCAUUGAUCGAGUUUGCAACAAAGAUGUCACCUAUGAUUUGGAUGAUGGUACAAAACUGGAAUUGAAGAAAGGUGAUUCCCUGUGGAUUCCCGUGGUGGGCUUCCAUCAUGAUCCGAAAUAUUUUGAAAAUCCCGAAAAAUUCGAUCCGGAGAGAUUUAGUGAAGAGAACAAGGAUAAAAUCCAUCCUUUUGCCUAUAUGCCGUUUGGUGUGGGACCCCGUAAUUGUAUUGGUUCCCGCUUUGCCUUGUUGGAAACCAAAGUCUUGAUUUACUAUUUAUUGAGAGACUUCAAAUUUGAACCCGCCAAAAAGAGUUGCAUUCCCAUGAAAUUAAAUCCUGCCGGUUUUCAGUUGUCCCCCAAAGACGGCUUCUGGAUUAAAUUCAUUAGCAGAUCAAAGUAGUGGGGAUUUUAAUUUUAAAAUUCCUUUUAUUUUUUAAAUGAAAUUAUUUAAUUUAAGUUGCCUAUAUAGCAAGUCCUUUAGAUAAUUAUGUAUUUAAAAAUUCUGUGUGUAUUAAAAUUACUUUGUAUUUUUUUAAUGAAGUUAAAUAAAAUUUGUUAAUUGUUUUCAUAUAAAAAA